UCAGUUGUGAAUUUGGGACUAAUUCUCUGUAUUCGAAAGCAGUGUUACAUUGUUGUCAGAUUCAAUAGCUACUGAACCGCUCAAUACGAAGAAACACCUCGAUAUCACCUUAUAACAACUACCAUAACAUUUCAACAAUUGAUUAUUUUAUCGGGGAAAAUGUGGAAUGAGAAAUUAACUCCUUGGCAACAACAUUGAGUUUGAUGACGUUUUCAAUUUGAAUUUUCAUCUUACAAAGAAAUCAUAAAUCAUCUGUAUAUUAAGAUGUUGUACAAUACAGUAAAAGACAGUUUAAGCCGCGUAUUUAAUAAUAUUGAACCGCGGUGUGUGCCAGUCUAUAGGUAGUGCCAAUUGAAUAAGAAAGUUGCGGAUGGAAUUACCUGAGAAAAUACAAGGAGAACUUCAAGUCGACGAAGGGCCUUCGCUCGAAACAUCGAAGUUCUCCUUGUAUUCUUCAGGUACUUGUUCCAUCCGCCACGUAUUUAAUGCCAUGUGAAAUACAACGAGAGAAGAAGAGAAACUUUAUCAUUGUCAACGUAUCAAACUGCGGUGAAACGUUCCCUCCGUUUACUUGUUUUUGCCGCGUGGAGAUUGUGACAGAUCAGGUAGGUAAAUUUUGGAACUAAGAAACUUUAAAACUUUUCCAUGCAUCUAUAGGAGAUUCGGCACUGUUAUUGAAAGCAAAUUCAUCAGUAACUAUUGUUUGAUUUUCUUACAUAAUCGACUAAAUCUUGUAUUGACGUGCUUGCAGCUGCCCCUGCCCAUAUAUGGGAGGCUUCUGGAGCCCAGUCUGCGAACAGGAAAACAGCUGCGUUUAAGAAACGCCUUAAUCAUUUCGUAACGCAAUCCCGUGAAGUAAACAUCAAUUUCAGUUGUCAGUGAAGAACACUUUGGAGUUACAGUUUGAAGAUGGUUUGGAUAACUAGAGCGGUUGUUUUUCUGAUCUGUCUUGUUGGUUGUGUCUUUGGUACUAGUACGACGCCUAUGGCUUCGACGACUCCUACUGGCGCUGCGACGACAACGGCUCCAAUGAGUUCUACUGAAACUGCGACAGGGGCUAGCACAACCAGUGGUGCGACAACUCAGGCUCCGACUACCGGCUCCAGUACUGGAUCAACUAUGGAAACAACAACGGCCGAAAGUAACGCUAGUACAGAAGCUUCAACGGCAAUGCAGAGUACUUCAAACACGACUUCGUCUUCGGCUUCAACUGAUGCUGUUAAAACGACCGGAGGAGGAACUACCCUUGUUCCAUCCAUUCUUAGCCUAAUGCUGAUGGCUUUUUCGUCUAUGGUUUUCUAUUUGGUUUAAAGUUCACGUCUUCGUCAAAGCACCGUUGUUUUAACUUUCGUUUUACAUGCCGACUUGGAACUAUAAUAUAGCAGGUGUACACACACGUACAAUGUCCAAAACAGGACAACGGUGUUAAAAUAAACUAUAGAUGUGUUGACGAGAAAUAACUGGAAUAGCACUUUAAUACUACUUUAAUAAUAUUUAAUAGAAUGUGGCAAACUUUUAAAUUAAACAGUCUUUACUUUAUACGCGUUGUAAAAUUUUUACUGUAUAAUUAUACGCUUGAAUAAUUUCUAGCACGUUCUUGAGAUGAUAAGUUAAUGCGUAAUAUUUGUUGGCAUUUCUAAGAAGUUAUGAAAGAGAUCGAGAAAUGGACAAAGAGACAAAGAAUCGUAAUAGUUAUCCAGUUUUGUUUUUACUAGUCCACCGCUGGGAAGCGGCUCCUUUAAUAGAACUAAAUUUUUCAUAAACAUAUAUGUGCAUGCAUGUUGCGUUAUAUUACUGUAUAUGCAAAUAAGCGGAUCUGUUGUCUUGCAUAAAAUGAAAUAUUAAACUGUAUCUUAAGACGUUAAAGUAAUAAUAAAUUAUUAUAGUUGUAAAUGGUU